GCGGAGUUACUACUUUAGGCUGGGCGGCGUAAGAAACCGGUAAUAUUCCGGGGCAGCGCUCCGUCUGUCUGGGCCCGUAUGUAUCAGCGCAGACGCCGCGAAACGUCUUGUCCCUGGCCUGAGAGGACGUCACCUUUACACCUGCAACUCCUUCCACCGCAACAACCUGCGAUACACAACGCAACGCAACACUCCGCUACAACCACCACCACGACAACCACCACAACUACCACCACUACACUACACCCACUCCUACUACCGCGUAGAGUGGGAUAUCAUUCGUGGGGAAUUCGUCUGGUUGUCCUGAUAUUGCGAUCCCCUCAGCCGGUUUUACUAUCGUCCCAGUCGUUGCACCUGCGACAGAGAAACCCCAGACCUCAAUCCUCUGCGCUUCCAACUCUACUCUACAACGACCUAACUGCCUGGCGCUGGUAGUCGUUCGCUAAUUUAUUUCACCUUUAAGCGUGCUCCUUUUCGCUUCAAGCCGCCGCUCCAGCAGCUGCCACUUUCCCUUCCUUUCGCCCUUAUUCCCGGCAAAUUCGCGCAACAUCCGGCUUCCCUGAAUUCGACCCAAAGAGGACCCUAGUCGUGCACAGCAACUAAGAUCGUUGUCGCAUAACCGAUGCACCCGUCUACGUUGUUUAUAAGUGCGUUAUCGCGGCAGUAGCAUAGGGGGUUUGCUUACCUGGCCCCGUCAGAGACGAAACGAAACAGGCACCCGGAAUCAGUUGUGGCGACCGGUACAUUCUCGUAUGGCAUGUUUCGAUUGCUUCCAUGGUCUUCUGCCGUUGGGGGCAAUAAAGUUACUGCGGAGGAGGUGAAGAUGCUAGCCGCGCCCCAACGGAGAUCUCCUAUCAUGGAGACUCCCGCCAUUCACAAGUUGAAGCGGAAACGCGCAAACUCUGGUGAUCGAGGCAAUCCCGCGCUAGAACACUCCCAACCCUAUGCCCGUCCUCAUGACGCAAAUGGAAAUGAUAAGAAAACAUUAUCGCCACAUUCACCGUCGCCUGCGAUCAAGAUAGAAUCACCAAAGGCAUCUUCGCAACGCGACAGUCCUAGGAACAAUUCACUGCGAACUAUUAGCCAGUCUACGGAAUCUGGAGAUGAGCCUCCACCGACAAACCUAGCGAAACCUGAAUCAAUGCCACCCGCAAGUACAGUCCCAAAAAUGGAUACGGAAACUCUACGCCGCACGCUUGAGGCGCAACUAAGCCUGGAAAUACUCCUGAAACAUGAUGAACUGCGAUUAAUUGACCAGGAAAUGGCAAAAUGCCAGGUUGCACUGGACCAACUUCGUCGGUGUUCCGAAAUUCCGUACCCUGGUUCAAGCGUUUCGGGGCUCUCCACCGCUGUCAGCAACGGUACUGGAAAUGCACUCCUGCCCGCUGCAGCCCACGGCCCGCCGUUAAUAUCACCUUCGCCAUGGGGCGUUACUGAUGGGCCGUACAGCAGACAUUAUGCUAAAUGGUUACUUCCUGACCCUCGAUUUGAUGGCGGAGAAGUUGAGACUGCUGUUCCCCCUUUUGCAAUUACAGGAGGUGCUCCCGCAGACGGACGGGUAACUCGUGGUUCAUGGUCAGAGCAAGGUGUUACUGGGACUUUGCGUUCUCAACGUAGCUCUGCUGGCACCAAACUACAAGCACUAUCCAGCGGGUAUCCGCAACCGAAGGAUAAAGCUGGGCCUAUGAUAAUAAAGCGCAAGAGCGAUGGCAAACUUGUCAAGUUAGUCUGUCUUGACUGUAGGAGAGAAAACUUUUCAAGCACCCAAGGCUUUAUCAAUCACUGUCGAAUUGCGCAUAAUCGGAAUUUCGCAAGUCAUGACGCGGCUGCUGCUGCAUCCGGAGAGCCAGUAGAAGUCGACGGGUCAGGUGCGGUUAUUGGGAACAAUAACGAUGUAUCUGCAGGGACCGCUGUUGGAUAUGUGCAUCCUCUGAUUCGGUCAGCUCACCUGGUUGGGUCUACUCCGCAACCCGGCGCGCGUCGCACAUCUUCUCAGAAUCAAACCGCAAAGCGAUCUAGUGAAAGCGGAACAACCCGUGGUAGCAGCAAUGAACCUCAAAAGGGAUCUUCGUCGUUGCAAUCUCGAAGUACUCCUAAUGGGAGCCGCCCACGACCGCAACAAGUCACCGUUGAGUCUCCUAGUCCAUCAUUUAAGGCUUCUCCAGAGACUCCCAAUCUAUCUUCGCUGAUGAAGAGAAGAGGAAUUGCAGUGGAUCUGCUUGACAUCGUGGAUGAUGCUUUGACCAAAACAGAACUGGACAUGUUUUCAGAGGAUGAGUUUAGCGAAGGAGCGGAAACUGAGAACGAGCAGCCAAAUCCUCCAUUUAGUGUUCGAGGGAGUAGAUUACCCGCCCGAACGAUAGUUUCUCCAUCUCAACCACCGCGGCCAGGGAGCCGAAAAGGAGCCGACAAACCAAGCCGCAAGCCAAAGUUAGCUCGUCCUCCCAAUCCUCCUUCACCUCAGUCUUCGUACAGAUCGCCAUAUGCCCCAGCUUCAGGAUCUCCUCAUGUUCGUGAAGCCGACGAGCAAAGAAGUCAAAGAAACGACAUGGAUAUAAUAAUGGCUGAUUCAAUUUCUGCUGCUCUUAGUCCUCAUACACUGGAGUCUAACCAGGCACCCAGCCUAGUCAGUGAUGACGAGGAUUAUGAAGCUCCGUCCGAAUCUGAAACCCCGAGCCCCAGCCCUUCAAUGGCAAGUGAUGAAGGCCCCGAUAACAUUGAGGUUCGGGAUGGUGAUGAGGGCAGUGUCAGGGGCACCAACGUAACCACCGCAGCGGCGCCAGAUACGAAGCCAGGACCGGAAAUUCCGAGUCCUUCCAAACACCAUCCUUCCCCAGUCCCUCAAGAAGUGCCGACUUACAAGAAGAAAGCAACCAGUAAGAAGAAGGGUGGGGCGAAAAAUACCGGACAAGCACCCAGCGUCCCUGUUCCUGCUUCCCCCGCGGCUCCCCGCACCAACGACAAAGAGCAAAAACGUGUUAGCUUUGUGAGCCCAAUGACCACUCCACCAAGAACCAAGAAGGAUGGUGGUGGAAAGAGACAACGCCGUGGAUAGAUUUGUUUGACUGUUUGUAAUAUUUCUCUCCAAAUCUUUUCUAUGAAUGGUGUAUUAUCACGCCUUUCCCCUUGUUCCUCCAAUCCCCUCUCCCCCUCUCCUAUCCCUUUUCUCCCCUUUCCUUUCCUUUCCUUUCCUCUAUUUUUAUUUUUAUUUAUUUAUUAUUUAUUUUAAAUAAAGAUUGUAUAUCUUUUCGUUGCUGCAAAGCCCCUUCUGUAGCCAGGACUUGGGAGGUUAGUGUCUGUUUUGUACCUUUAAGCCGCCAACCUACCGAAACUGUGUGACCUGGCAGGUGUUUUGUUUGCAUCAUGAACGAAUUCCCUUUCUAGCGCGCUCUGUGCCUUGUCUCGCUUUUCUUCUUCCUUCUCUGCCUGUUGUUCUCUAUUAUAUACGAGCCUACUUCUUAGCCUUUUUCGAUUUUGUCCUUGAUUUUUCUCCUUUUCUUCUCACUCGGCAAUUUACAUUACUGUUUUUUUUAAUACUGGGGGGAAGGUCAUAUGUGGACGGGCAUGGCAUUACGGAAUGUCUUUGUUUUUUUUUUCCUUUCCUGCCGGGGUUUCAUUUUGCUACCUUUCGUUUUCCACGCUGGUUUCCGGGUUAUAGGGUCGGUUUUGGUUGGAUAUCGGUCUGGGUCUGGGUCUGGGUCUGUGUUCGGCUGGGCUGGGCUGGGUUGAUAUCAGGGACCGUAGCGGAUUUAUUUUAUGGUCACCAACCGGGUGGGAUUGUUUGUUCAAUUUUUUUUGACAUUCACUGUUUGUUUUUGUGUGUGAUUCCUCAAUUUGCAUGUGUUUUUGUCUUGCCUUUGAUUUGUCUUUCUUUGUCCUUGUGAAAGCAAUAGCAAUCCUCUGCUUUUCUAUUCAACCUCCCCCGUUUUCUUUUCUUUUUUUCCAUUUCCAAUCCUCUCUUAUUUCGUCUCUGCUUCAUCUAUCUCAUCUCCCUUACGCUUCUGAUGUUGUUGCUCAUAAACUAUGUGCCCCUCCCAUCUUUUAUUUUAUUUUAUUUUUUAACACAUGUGGUUUGAUCUAAGCGAUUUCUUCUUCUUCUUAUACAUAUAUUUAUCAUAUACAUAGUUAUAUUGUGGUAUUAUGUUUAAGAUAUCGAGCCUUACCAGAGAGAGGGAGGGAUAUCUAAGAAAAAUAACAAAAUGAGAAACUUUAUGAUGUUUUUGAGACUGUAAACUUCUACUAGAAAAUCGAAAACUGCAUGUACAGUAGUUACAAUAAUGUAUAAACGCCGCUCUAUCG